UGUAAAGAACCUGAGCCAGAACAAUGCACUCUGUAAAAGAAAAGGCAAGCAACGCUGCCGCCUCCGGAAAGGAGCAUAUCGACAUCAUGAAAGCCAAAGCUCAAGAGAAGGUGGAGAAAGCUACAUCGAGGACUAAGGAAGAGAAGACAAUAGCUCAUGAGAGGAGGAAAGCCAAAGAAGCUGAAGCUAAGAUGAAGCUGCAUGAAGCCAAGGCCGAGCACGCGGAUGAGAAAUUGCACGGACAUCAUCUCCACCCCCACCACGAGCCGGUGGUCGGUACCCAUGGGCAUCAUCAUCAACCGGUGGGAACGGCGGAUCCAACAACAGGUGUACCAGCUCCCAAAUAUCCCCUAGGUGGUCAGUUUCCUGCCGGACCGACUCAUAAUAAAUAUGUUUAAGGUUCCUAAAUCCUAAAUGGCAACAAAUAUAUGUUAGGGUUUCUAAUUAAAUGAUGUUUGGAUAUCUGUAUUGUGUUUGUGUUUGUGUGUGUUUUCAUGCCUCGAAGAAAUUGAGUUUUAUGGGAAACAAAAGAGAAUUGCUUUUUAGACUGUUUAUUUUUCAGAAAUU